GUGCCGCGCACAUCGCGACUGUGGACUCAUUUUUGGACGACGUUGGCUAGGGAAUGAACAUCAAGGCAUCGUCGUCGCUGCAGUACUUGCAUGCGCCGUCGUCACCCCAUAUCGUGACGAACAACGUCGGCAGUCCACAUGGCGGCACCUCCAAUUGCUUCCACACUGGCAUGCCCGGCACCCCAACGCGGAAAUCGACCAUCUCCAAUAUGACCACGUCGCUCAUGACACUGCAGUUGAAAAAACUCGUGUCCAAGAAGAAGCGGCGCUUCAUUGACGACGGAUUUGACUUGGACAUGACAUACGUGACGCCACGGUUGAUUGCGUUUGGCUACCCCGCCGAAAACCUCGAAGGCAUGUACCGCAAUCACUACAAAGACGUGUACAGCUGCUUUGAACAUCGACACAAAGACCACUACAAAGUGUACAACUUAUGCUCGGAGAGGCAUUACGACAAGGACAAGUUCCACAAUCGAGUGGCCGAGUACCCGUUCGACGACCACAACCCGCCGCCGUUGUCCCUGCUCAUUCCCGCCUGCCAAGACAUUUUUGAAUGGCUGGCCCAACACCCCGACAACGUCGCCGCCAUUCAUUGCAAAGCAGGCAAAGGCCGGACUGGAGUGAUGAUUUGCGCAUUCUUGCUCUACAGCUCGGAAUGGGUCACUGCUCAAGGUGCAAUGAACUUUUACGGAAACGCUCGCUCCCUCAACCAGCAGGGAGUAACAAUCCCCAGCCAACGCCGGUUCAUAGAGUACUUUGCAACCAUGUGCCACAGCGACCAAUUCGACACAGCCGCCCAACACGAACUGCGCAUGACCAGCGCUGACUUUCAAGACCUGUGGGACAAGCAGUGGCAGCAAAACCCAGACUCGCCCACGUUGUCACCGUCGUCGUCGCUCUCGUCAUCGUCGCUCAACGCUAUUGUGGACGGUGAUGCCAUGGCGGCGGCAGUCGAGGCCGAGCUGCAGCAACUGCAACCCCUCGCGGCGCUGCCGAAAGUGUUUGCUCGUUUGAGUUUGCCGAAACUGAACAAUGUUGUCUUGACGGCGGUGACGAUCACGGGGAUGUACCCCAAGCUUCGAAAAAUGGACAACCUGCGCGUGGAAGUGCAAGUGGGCUUUGAUCGGUCGUUGGUGUACGACAUCUCGGCCGUGGGUACGUCCCGCGUAGAGGUCGACGAGGCGGCGUCGGCGGCGAUAGACGGCCCCACCGAGACGUUGCAUGUACGAAGAAGAAGCAACGCUAGACAGUAAGAGAUUGACGUGCAUAUUCGGUUGCUUGUAGGUCCAUUGCCCUGAGAAACAAGUGCUCUUGUUUGGAGAAGUCCUCGUGACGCUCAAGGUCAAGCAGAAGGAAGUCGGACACUUAUGGUUUCACACGUCGUUUCUUGAUUCACACACCAAGCAUCUCGUAAUCAAGAAGGCCGACAUCGAUAAGCUGCUCAAGGAUGCCAAGAAGGGCCACAAGCUGUUUGCGUCGUCCAUGCAGGUUGUCCUCGCCUUCAAGUAACGUUAGUAGAAGAAGCCUCUUGCAUCGGUAGAGAUGCCACCGCACCUAGUUCCUCCUACGGAGGCUGCGCCACGUCAUGAGAGAACAUGAUAAAACAUGGGACAUGCGUGUGAGUGAUGGAUGGGUGAUACUCCAAUUAACUAGUUGCAUUUGAUUGGCUG